CCACCGGCGCGAUGGCAGUGUGAGGAGUAAAUGGCUCAGAGUAUCCGCGGUGGAAAGCGACCUAAACACUGGAGUAGGAACCGACACGCAAACAGAACGAGGCGCGGUGCGUAAAAGCUCUCCACGGCGCACGGAAACGGUGCCAGGUGUCCAAGAAGCGCAAAAGAAGACUCCGACGGGGUUUUUUUUUUUCUUUUUCCUUCCUCUCUCUCUCUGUCUCUCUCUUUCGCUCUCUCUUUUGGUUAAUUUUUUUACGCGUGUGAUCAACGAGGAUAUCUUAAUUGGACAUGUGAGUUACGGGAGUUAACAAGAGAAGCAGGCUUUUUUUUUCUUCCCGCCCCCCCAAGAUGAAGUUCUUCCCAGCUUGCGUCCUCGUCACUUUGGCGGUGAUCGGAUCCUGUGCGGCGCAGUCAGUUUGUCCUGGUACAGAGAACAAAUUGAGCACACUGUCUGACCUGGACCAGCAGUACCGCACCCUGAAGAAGCUCUACGAGAACUGCGAAGUCGUCAUGGGGAAUCUGGAGAUUACCAGCAUUGAUCGAAACCGCAACCUCUCCUUCCUCAAGUCUAUCAAAGAAGUGACCGGUUAUGUGCUGGUGGCGCUCAAUCAGUUCGACUACCUGCCACUGGAGAACCUGCGGAUCAUCCGAGGCACCAAACUUUACGAGGGUCGGUACGCUCUGGCCAUCUUCCUGAACUACAGACGGGACGGUCUGUACGGACUAAGGCAGCUGGGAUUACGUAACCUCACAGAGAUACUGAAUGGGGGCGUUUAUGUUGACCAGAACAAAUUCCUGUGUCACGCAGACACCAUCCAUUGGCGUGACAUUAUCAAGAACCCCCAAGCUGAGCUGCUGGUGGUGCCAUCCAACAACAGCAACAAUGGAUGCAGACGCUGUCAUCGCUCAUGUAACGGACGCUGCUGGGGCCAUCAGGAGGACCAGUGUCAAACUUUGACAAAAACAGUGUGUGCAGAGCAGUGUGACGGUCGAUGCUUCGGGCCUUACGUCAGCGACUGCUGCCAUCGCGAAUGCGCCGGCGGCUGCUCCGGCCCCAAGGACACGGACUGCUUCGCUUGCACCAAUUUCAACGACAGCGGGGCCUGCGUGACACAGUGCCCUCAGCCCUUUGUGUACAACCCGACAUCCUUCCAGUUAGAGCACAACCCCAGGGCGAAGUACACCUACGGAGCAUUCUGUGUCAAGAAAUGUCCACAUAACUUUGUCGUGGACCACAGCUCCUGUGUGAGAGCAUGUCCCAGCAACAAGAUGGAAGUGGAGGAGAACCGGAUUAAAAUGUGCAUCCCUUGCACAGACAUCUGUCCAAAAGUGUGUGACGGUAUAGGGACAGGAAGCCUGCAGUCAGCUCAAACAGUGGACGCCAGCAAUAUUGAUAAAUUUGUCAACUGCACCAAAAUCAAUGGCAACCUCAUCUUUCUCAUUACUGGCAUUAAAGGGGAUAUGUAUCAUGGUAUUGGACCUUUGGACCCUGAGCGCCUCAACGUGUUCCGCACCGUGAAAGAGAUCACAGGUUACCUCAACAUCCAGUCCUGGCCUGAAAACAUGACAGAUCUUAGUGUUUUUUCCAGCCUGGCUACCAUUGGAGGCAGAGCUCUUUACAGUGGAAGUGGUAUUUCUCUUUUGAUCUUGAAGCAGCGUUGGAUCUCCUCCCUCCAGUUCCAGUCGUUGAGUGAGAUCAGCGCCGGGAACGUGUACAUCUUCAACAACAGCCGCCUCUGCUUCUAUAACACCAUCAACUGGACGUCGCUAUUCAGGACCCCGAGCCAAAAAGUCCUCGUCCGUAACAACCAAGAUCCAAAGGAGUGCAUCCAGCAACGAAUGGUGUGUGACCGAAUGUGUUCGGACGAUGGCUGUUGGGGACCAGGGCCAGACCAGUGCCUCUCCUGUCGAUAUUUCAAGCGAGGCCGUACCUGCGUUCAGUCCUGCAACCUCUUUGAUGGGGAAGAGCGUGAAUUUGCCAAUGGAUCCGUGUGCCUGGCGUGCGAUAGCCAAUGUGAGAAGAUGGAUGGAAACACUGUGACAUGUCUCGGUCCGGGCCCAGACCAGUGUGUAAAAUGCCUCCACUUCAAAGACGGCCCUAACUGCGUAGAGAAGUGCCCCGACGGGCUGCAGGGAGCCAACAGUUUCAUCUUCAAAUACGCCAAGGCCAACAACGAGUGUCAUCCUUGCCAUGCCAAUUGCACCCAGGGGUGCGUCGGGCCAAGACUCCAAGAUUGUGUUGGGAUGAUGGACAGGACACCCCUAAUAGCAGCUGGAGUCAUCGGCGGCCUAUUCAUCAUCGUCAUUCUGGCGCUCAGCGUGGCCGUUUAUGUUCGCCGCAAAAGCAUCAAAAAGAAAAGGGCCUUGCGGCGUUUCUUGGAGACAGAGCUGGUGGAGCCCCUGACCCCCAGUGGAACUGCUCCAAACCAGGCCCAGCUGCGGAUCCUGAAAGAGACAGAGCUGAAGAGGGUGAAGAUUUUGGGUUCGGGAGCUUUCGGAACAGUCUACAAGGGCAUCUGGGUCCCAGAAGGUGAGACGGUGAAGAUCCCCGUGGCUAUUAAAAUCCUCAAUGAGACCACCGGUCCUAAAGCCAACGUGGAGUUCAUGGACGAGGCCCUGAUCAUGGCCAGCAUGGAGCACCCCCACCUGGUGCGUCUCCUCGGUGUCUGCCUGAGCCCCACCAUCCAGCUGGUCACCCAGCUCAUGCCCCACGGCUGCCUCCUCGACUAUGUGCACGAGCACAAGGACAACAUUGGAUCGCAGCUGCUGCUCAACUGGUGUGUCCAAAUUGCAAAGGGAAUGAUGUACCUGGAGGAGAGGAGGCUGGUCCACAGGGACCUGGCAGCUCGGAACGUGCUGGUAAAGUCUCCCAAUCACAUCAAGAUCACCGACUUCGGCCUGGCCCGACUGCUGGACGGCGAUGAGAAAGAAUACAACGCAGACGGGGGAAAGGUCGGUAUGCCCAUUAAAUGGAUGGCUCUGGAGUGCAUCCACUACAGGAAGUUCACCCAUCAGAGUGACGUGUGGAGCUACGGAGUGACCAUCUGGGAGCUGAUGACAUUCGGAGGCAAGCCUUACGAUGGGAUCCCCACGCGAGAAAUCCCAGACAUCCUGGAAAAAGGCGAGCGCCUGCCCCAGCCGCCAAUUUGCACCAUAGACGUCUACAUGGUCAUGGUCAAAUGCUGGAUGAUUGAUGCAGACAGCAGGCCAAAGUUCAAGGAGCUGGCCGCCGAGUUCUGCAGAAUGGCCCGUGACCCACAGCGAUAUCUGGUGAUUCAGGGAGACGACCGCAUGAAGCUUCCCAGUCCCAGUGACAGCAAGUUCUUCCAGAGCCUGCUGGACGAAGAGGACCUUGAUGACUUGAUGGAUGCCGAGGAGUAUCUGGUGCCUCGAGGUUUCAACAUGGCCACUCAGUCGUGCACGACCAGGCCUCGUGUUGACCCCAACAGGAAUCAGUUUGGCUAUCGAGAUGGUGGUCUAAAUCCUGCAGAAGGACCCUUGGCAGGCGCACAAGCUUGUGUGAACCAGGAUGCCACAGGUGGCCCGAGCCCAGUCCUGGAGGAGCAGCGUUGUAAUGGAAGCCUCCAUAAGAAGAGCCUGAGCCAGGCUGGAGGGGAAGACAGUGGGGGUCAGAGGUACAGUGCUGACCCAACCAUCUUUCUGGGGGAGAGAGCACUGAGAGGGGACACUGAUGAGGACGGAUACAUGACGCCAAUGAAGGACAAGAGCUCCUCAGAAUAUCUGAAUCCCAUCGAAGAGAACCCGUUUGUCACACGACGUAAAAACGGCGAGAUCCACGCCCUGGAUAACCCAGGCUACCACAGCACACCCAACAGUCAGCCCAAAGGAGAGGACGAGUACAUCAAUGAGCCCCUCUACCUCAACACCUUCCAUACCCCCGCUGAGUUGGGCCUGGAAGCCCUGAGGAGAAAUGGUCUGCCCCUACCCACUCAGCCUCCUUCUUCUAUCUCAGCCACAACCUCAGGCUCCCAUCUUCCGCUUACCAUCCAGACUAGCCUGCCCCACUACCCUCUCCCCACAGCCCAACCAUCUCCAUCUGGCAUUCCUUGCCACCAUGGUCCACCGACUCACAUCCUCCAUGCCCACCACACCGUCAAACCUGCAGGGCAACCUGGCAAUCCAGGUGGCGGCUCUGUUGCUCAGAGCCAAAUAGGAACUACUGCUCAAGCUCAGGUGAGCCAGUCGGGUGCCCUGUCCACUUCAGCCACCAUCGGGCAUGGCAGCCUGCCAGCCUACCAGAGCUACGCCACCACACACCCUGCCAGUUUGCUGAAGCAUGGAGGGCAGACAUCAGGUAAAGCCAGCGGGAAGAAGCUAAAGGUGACCUUUGACAAUCCAGAAUACUGGCAGCACAGCUUGCCUCCCAAAUCAUCUAACCAGGCAGCCUCAGAUGGUGCCCAGGGAGGUUCCACCAACGCCAAGCUCUUCUAUAAGCAGAAUGGACACAUACGGCCGGCAGUAGCUGAAAACCCUGAAUACAUGUCUGAGUUUUCCCUGAAAUCUGGAACCAUCUUGCCACCUCCACCUUACCGGCAACGAAACACUGUGGUCUAGAUUAUUCCAUUUAACAAACGUUCCCCAAUCUUCCUCUAGCCUCCAACCAGCCCAACAUCCUCUCCAGUUCCACGGUCCUACACAAAGAGAGAGUAGCCCCAACCAAAGCUGCUCUCAGCCCUGCCCAGAUAACGGGCCAUCUGCUGUAGAUUGUAGCAACAUCUGGAGGAGGUGGACCGAACCAAGCAGAAGCAACUCAGACCCCUGAACUGUCACUAUAGACAAUCUCGUCCAUCUCUGUUCUGUAGAUAGAGACUGUGCUCCAUGUCAUUCAGAAUGUCAAGGUUAUGGUAGUUUUCAGUAAAGAACAGAUGCUUAAUUAUCACACAUCAGUGGACGGACUCUAUCUGGGGGUACCUGAACUCACUGCCAGCCACUUGGGUUUCAGAUUUGUGAGAGGAACAAGAAGUUUUACUGGUCUUUUUGCUUUCUAUUAUAAAGUUCUGAGGAGGAACAGUAUUCUGCAAAGGGUUUCUGAAACAAGCAAUCACAUAGAACAAAUACAGUCUGUUAGAUGUCAAGAUGUCUGGCUUUCUGAAUGACCUUAGAGUGAGGUAGCCAGGCAACAAAAGCAAAAUAUGGAGGAAGAAAAGACAAUAUAGAGUGGGCAGCAAAAGACGGAGCACUCAUCAAUCAUAUUCAGUGUUUUUGCCUAUAGGAUUAUACCCACCGUGUGUUCUUUUAUAUGAAAUAUGUGAAUCUCAUCUCAUCCUUCUACUGUAACUGUGAUACUGUGAUGGACAAAACUACAGUGAUCUUUUCUUUCACAUUUGUAGUUCAACCAUGGACUUUUUAAAUUGCCCGAGAAUCUGCAGGGCAACUGCUGUUCUGUUGGUUUUGCUUGGCUGCUGUCUGUUUGGAGAAGCUGACUAAAACAGCUUUCCCAGGGCAAAUGGUAAAAGGGAAACCACACUGUAAACACUUUUAUAAUCACCGGUUUCAGUGCUGAAAAGAUUUUUAUACACUGGUUUUCCCAUUCAGAUCGUGAAGCUAACUCGGAUGAGAAAACCUGCUAUGAGCUGUAGAGUACUCAACUGUAAAGCAGCUGAACUCAAAAUGGUGAAAUGGUGAGAAAAAAAACUACAGAAAGGGGAGGAAAAGUUCAUGAAAGUUUAUACAAACUGACUAAUGAAGACCUCAAGGAAGGAACAAGACAGCACCAGCAGAGCACAGUUAAACAGACUACUUUAUAUGUGUCUAUCUGUCUUUGUGUCAGUGUGAUUGGGAUUAGUGUGUGCGUGUAUGUUCAUAUUUUAGCAAGCUAGAGAUGACCCCACUGGGGGUGGGGGGGGGGGGGGGGAAUGUGGUAAAAGUCAGUGUUAAUGGAGUCGAAAGCUAAAGAUCUUCAGUACUAACCAACGAUUGACUCUAUCAAGGCUUUUUUUCCUAUGUCAAGUAUAAACAAACCAAGCUCAAAUCAAAAGCUCAUUAAAAGGCCCUAACUGCACCAAAUGGCACCAAAUCUCUGGAAGGGUUUUAUAUAUUUAUGGUGUCCUUAGCUAACGCUACUUUCUUUGAGUUGAUCAAAAUUAAGAAUGUGAGGAUUUAUCAUUUUAUUAACUGGAAAUGGUGCUUGUCUCGGUCAUGGUGUUUGUUAUAUUCUCGAUUGCUUGGACCGAGAAAAAGUACAACUCUAGACUACUUGUGACCACAUCUGAUCUAGAUGUUUUUCCCUUUUUUUUCAGAAUCAUGUUUUUCCAGACCCCACCCAUAUUCUCAUUAGACUGUUAAUUGGUAGCUAAUUUCAUUUUGGCUACUACAGGUGUCAGUGGUUACUACCCAAAUUGUUCACAAGGCAGAAGUCGAUAAGCUAACCUUGUCUACUAGAAAAUAUAUUUUAAAGAGCAAGAAAAAAUGAUGCUUUCAAACAAGUCAGAUGUUUUAAAGCUAAAUUUAUUCUUUAGCAUUAAAGCUAGCUUAAGCCUGACAUGCACCUCCAUAGAAUUGUAACUACACCUUGUGGCAACAUGGAUCUCUGAUCUUGCCAACCAAUAUGUGGCCAUAGAUUGUGGCUAAAUACAGAAAACUUGACAGUAGCUUGAAGUGUAUAUUUUAUUUAUAUUUCAACCAGGACAACUAUAGUCAUAAGACUGUUGUUUUAGUAAUUUUUGUUUGGAGGUAUGGUUCUAUUCUGCGCUAAUGUAGAAAGCACAAAGCAGGGAGACUCUUUUCAUGUAAACUAUACUUCUGCAUCAGCUCUACGUCGUAACUUAUACCAUAACCAGACCCCAUUUUAACCCUAUGCCGCAACCUUCUAAGUAACCUGUCGUGUGCUUCCCUAGAAAUCUACCUACAUGUCGGGCCAAUGCAUACCACAACGACUUGAUGGUGGGGAAGACCUCAGUGUAAGGAUACAAGGAUUUUCCAAUGACAUAGUUAGUUGGGAUGUAGAUUUCCCACAGAAGUCUAAAUGAAGUUUAAGAUUUCACAGAGCAGAAAUAACAACAAAUGUGAAAAGGAAGCGUUAGCUGGAUGUGGGGUUGGCAAGCUGCUUCCAAAAAACUGUCAUAAGGAUGUGUAGAAGGGUACAAGCUGAGACAUUAGCUUAUCCGCUGGGACUGUGGUGGAGCUUGACUUUGUCGCCUGGCUGAACUUGGCCUUUGCUCCAUGUAUGCAGUUGUGGUCAGAAGUUUAUAUCCACUCAUCACAAAUAUCAUGGUCAUUUUGGGCUUCUAAUGAAUUCUUUGAAACUCUCUUUUUUCCACGGUGAAAUGAUUGUAUAGUAUACACACAUGAUGAGUGUAUUUAACAUACACUCAUCAUGCCCAUGAUGAGUGUAUGUUAACCUAUGACCACAACUGGCCAAACCAAGUUCAUAAAGCAAGCUCUGUUUUGAAUACAUGUAUUUUCUUUAAUGCAGCACAGGGUAACUGGUAAAAGAAAUGAGUACUAUACCCCAGUGACAUUUUUUCAGUUAAAACUAUAAUGUUAUGUUUUCCAAUAUUAAGUUAGUUUAGUUUUCAUUAGUUUCUUGGUGAAUCGCCAGAAAGUCAACUACUGUUACCAGUAUUAAUAACUGUGCCAAUUUUUAACAUACCUAAGAAAGUCAUUUCUUGUUUUGUUUGAUGUAAUUUGCACUUUCAGCACCACUGAGUUUUAAAUUAAUUAGUCUUGCCACUGUUUAAUGGAGCCUCUAAUCUAUAAAGGCUUCACAUCUGUUCUUAGCCCAGAGUGAUAUCAUCACUCUCAAGAAAUCUCAAGAAAAUAGUUCUAACCCUGACUACUGAUGCCUGUGUAGGCAACCUGCCAGUCAAUGCUGCUGAAAGCACUGUAUUACAGCCAUUAUUUCUUCCACCAAGCCAUACACAACACCUGUGGGUAGGGGAAAACACUGCAACGCUUGCCAAACUUAGAAGUUCAAGAUAAAACUUGUGUAAUGUUGGUUUCUCUCAGAGGUCCUUUUGCAAUAUCUCCUUUAUUUAGUUCAAUGAAUAUGAAGAAAAACUUGUAGUUCUUGAACCUUUAACAACAAUGGUAUUUUUCAUUAUUUGUGGAGCAUAAAUAUUGCUUUGUCAUAGUUUCAACAACCUUUCAUCAUUCUACUCUGCCAGAGCCCAGCCCUGCCUAAGCUGUGUUCUUGCGUAGGUUAUUUAUUUUGUGUAUUUAAAAGUGUGUGAAAGUGUGCUUGUCUCAGUCUAUGCACAUGUAACGCUGUAUGUGUUUAUCCUCCCCAUGGAGCACUUUGAUCAAAGUCGCGGGUAUAAAGAAAGGAUUUCCACUCUUCGUUACUGAAAUAUUCAACUUGUUUAUCCAGCCGUUUACCACUUCAGAAAGCAAUAGCUUUAGCAAAAGUACAAGGAAGGAACUGGGGCCAAGAGGUCAUAAGGAAAACACAUUUUACAUGGUACUUGACCAGCUUCAAGAAUGUCCUUGUUUCCAUGUUUUUUCGUUUCUUCAAACAGUAUUUAUAGUAGUGCUUUGAUGGUGUCAUGAUUAAUUGAUGAAGGAGUAUUUUGUAGUCCUUUUUCGAGCUCUAAUUCAGUGAAAUAGAGACAGCAUUUAAUAUCAAUGUGAAAUAUUUAUGGCGCGUUUGAGCUUGUUUAUACUGAGCGGUGGAAGCGACUGCCAAAUCUGGGUUUCAAGAAAAAGGAACAAAAAUAUGAUGGUGGUAGAAAGAAAAACACACGCCUUGGUUUAUGCCUGUUUUGCCCUAAAUUACACUGCAGACCCAGGCAAAAUGUGUGUUUGAAUCAAGAACAGAUUGAAGGACUGAUGAUACGAAUGGUUUCAAAUGUUCUCAAGAGCACUUAAGAGAAUCUGAGGCAUCCCCACUCUCCCAUUUUUGAUCUGAGUCAUUGACUUGUUUGUUGACAGAAAGGUAGGAAAAAGCACCUGAAGUUCCCCUUUUGUCAAGUCGUGUUUUUUCCCAUCCUAAGGCCUUGGUUAUCCUUUUAGAGUACCAAAAUGUGUCACGUCCAUUUGGAAGCAUUUUUUUUCCUCUCUGAAGACUAAUAUCUUGUGUCUUGUUUCAAACUAAUUUUGCCUUGGUGUUACCUGCUGCUAUUUGUCUCAGUCCUUAACAGGCUUGUGUUUGUGGCAGUUCAAAAGCAUGCCAGGAGGAAACACUGCUGGUUAGGCUGAUCCUUUUUAUAUAAUUUUUGGGGUUUAGUUCUUCUUUUUUUUUUACUGCCUCCUCAAAGCCAAGGUGCAAAGGCAUGUAGCCAUGUCCUGAACCUAAUCCUUCAAUAUUUUAUCCUCAAACACCAUACAGGCUUCAACAAAGUCUAUUGUAUAGUAAAUAUUUCAUUGCAUGGUUCCCAAAGUGAGUGUUUUACUGCCCUCCACCUUUGUAUCUCAUUUAUGACAACAUUAUAUUCAAAUUUCUGUCCAGUGUGGAAAAAAUUAACCAGAUAUUUUUUAUCGAGUUUAGUAGCACAAACUGGGAAUCCUUAUUUCUGGGAUGUUUCAUGGGAAUUUUUGUGUGUGAGUGUAGUAUACCCCCACCCCCUCCCUACAGUGUCUCUUUAAUAUUUAGUUUUAUCCUUAGUAUCAAAGAUGUAACUUUUUUUUCCCACUAUGGUGUUGGCUACUGUACAUUGUUCGACAUGUUUGUUAUAGCUACAUUUUUUGGUUUCUUGACAUUUUAAUUGCACAAAAGAAGAAAAAGCUACUCUUAGCUACUCCCUUAUUCACAAGGGGUUGCCACAGUGGGUAGCUCCACAUAUUCGGUUUGGUAGAUUUUUACGCCGGAUGCCCUUCCUAAUACAGCCCUGAAGGGAUUUGUGUCUCCUACCCGAAAUCAAACCAGGAAUCUUUCGCUUGUUAGGCGAAUGUAUAAACCACUAUACCAUUGUCCCUCAUAAAAGAAAGUCAUUCAUUUUCUGUAUUCAAAUCAUUGUAUCAGUAUAACUGUACAGAAUCUUUGGGAUUUCCUCCCAGAUUUAUCUAACACACUUCAACAACAAAUGUGAAUAAUAUUUUUAUAAAGCACUGAAAUGGCCGACUUGGUGAAUUUGUAAAUAAGGAGGCGAUGCUUUGAAUUUAUAUUGGUCUUCUCUCCUACUGCUUUUUUCUCCUGCUUAUAUCGACUUGUACAAAAAAAGCCGUACAUAUUUGCUUUAUGUAAGUGUACCCUUUUGACUAAUGGGGAUUUCAUUUUAAAAGUGCUUGUUGUUCCCUUCUCAUGUGAAAAUCUGUUCAGUGGCCCUGCUUCAGACCUUUGUGGCUGUUCACAUGUAACGUUUCAGUUUAAGUGAACACUGUUAAACACUACACAAAUAACAAUGGGUGGUGUCUCACUUUGAAUACUUCCAUAAUAGUAGCAUAUUAGCUUGAUAGUGUAGUGUUGUCUGAAAUCAGGCACGACAAGAGGCUGGACUAUUGGAGCAUUUGACCAUGGCUGUCAUGCUAGCUGGACCCUGAUGAAGGCCACAAGCCGAAAUGGGUUGGUCAAUUAUUAAAGUUAUUCAUCUUCCCUCAAGUGUUGCUGGAGUUCCUGCAUUGUAAAUUCUUUCGUCCUCUCCAUGCACCUUGGAAGUAGGUGAAGUUGUGCCAGAAAUUUUUCCUGUCAUGCUAGCUGGCACAUUUUGUUCAUGUUUACAUUUGUCAAGUUACUUACUAAAUGUAAUACUAAAUUCUUCUGAAGUAAUGGUCAAACUUUUACACAUGUAAACACAGUAACAUCAGUCCCAGAUUGAAAUAUCUCUUGCUUUUAGCUUUCCAGAUAGCUAGCAUUAACAAGGAUUGUUGUGCUAGCUGCAGCA